GGAGAGAUCGCUUCUGCUGGAUAAAUCAGCUCCCUACAGUGUUUCCUUGGGGGAAGGGAGGUGCCAAGAAAGCUUCUGUUACCAACUCCACUGUGACUAGAUUCCUAUUUUUUCUUUUUCCUCCAGUGUUGUGCUAGAGUCUCCCUUCGGGAAGGCUAGACUUCUGCACUCACUCGUACCUGAGUGCCUGCUUAGGCGUAAGCCACCUGACUUUUUGCCCAACUGUGGCAAGAGGGGUCUAGGCAGUUUUGCUGGCUCCGCUGGUUCCACAGCUCAGAUGGAGGUUUGUCUGUAUCUUACCAGCUGCAUUGAGACAAUGGUGUUGGUGGUCAUAUGCUUCAUGUUAGUGCUGCAACAAGCUGCAGGAAUGUCAGAUAUCUCAGUUUCCUCUUUAUCCACCCGUCAUCUAUCAAUCCAAAUGGAGAUUGUUAAUACACACAAUGACAUGAGAAGGAUGGUGAAGCCCACUGCUUCCAACAUGCUUAAAAUGAUGUGGAAUCACGAAGCUGCAAAGAAUGCUGAAAAGUGGGCAAAAAAGUGCACCCUGACUCACAGUUCUUCCUCCAAACGAAAAAUUAGCUUUGCUGGCUGUGGGGAGAAUAUACUCAUGUCCAGUCGUAUCAAAUCUUGGCCAGAUGUAAUCCAAUAUUUUUACGAGGAACUUAAAUAUUUUAAAUAUGGAUUUGGACGUACUCGAGCAAAUGUUAAAAUUGGCCAUUACACCCAGCUUGUUUGGCCCACUUCCCACCAGCUCGGCUGUGCAUUAGCCUACUGUCCUCACAAGACUUUAAAGUAUUUCUAUGUUUGCCAGUAUUGCCCCGGGGGAAACUAUGUGAAAAGAAUGAAUACCCCAUAUAAAAAAGGAGAACCAUGUGGAGACUGCCCUCAUCAUUGUGAUAAUGGGCUUUGCACCAAUCCCUGCAUGCAUGUGAAUAAGUACUCAAAUUGUGACGACUUGGUUGGAAAACACGGCUGUGAUACAAAAGACAUGAUGGAAAGCUGCCCGGCCACCUGCAAAUGCCCCACAGAAAUAAGAUAGAACAUCUUUAAUGGUGCAGUUUCUUCUUAAGAGCAAAGUGACUUCCCUUAAAAAAAAAUGACUGUAAAAAUUUCAUAUCUUCUUUUAUCAGUUCACACGUUUUGAAAAAGUCUUCUAUUGAAUACAUCCUCUUUCAUGAAUUAAAUUUGAUAAUAUCUGAAUUUUAAAAGGUAAUUAAAACAGUAAAUUCAGUAACUGUGAACUAUAGAUAUGAAUGUAAUGUUGACUGUGAUAAAUUAUUUAGUCAUCAUAAUUGAUAACAUACUUAAAGCUUUUGUGUAACUCUUAUGAAUAAACAUGCUCAAAUUUUUUUAAAACA